AUGAUGAUGAUGUCUCUGAGCAGCAAGCAGCCCUUCGCCAUGGCGCACGCCAGCCUGGCCGAAGUCAAGUAUGCAUCGCUGCACUCCGGCGGCAACAUCUCCACGUCGUCCACUUCGUCUUCCGCCACUUCUAACGCGGUCUCCUCCUCGUCGGCUUCCUCCUCCUCGAUCUCCUCGUGUGCCUCCUCCCGCCACAGCAGCAUCAUCAGCACCAGCUCGGAGGCGAUGCGACGCGCCUGUCUCCCCACGCCGCCGAGCAAUAUAUUCGGCGGCUUGGACGAGAGUCUGCUGGCCCGGGCUGAGGCGCUGGCCGCGGUGGACAUCGUGACGCAGAGCAAGAGCCACCUCCACCACCAUCACCACCACCCGCCGCCGCACCACAGCCCCUUCAAGCCGGACGCCACCUACCACACCAUGAACACGCUGCCCUGCACCUCCUCGUCGUCAUCGUCCGCCUCCUCGGUGCCCAUCUCGCACCCGUCGGCGCUGGGAGGAGGAGGAGGAGGCGGAGGAGGAGGAGGCGGCGGCAACGGCCACCAUCACCACCAUCACCACCACCAUCACCACCAGCCGCACCAGGCCCUGGAGGGCGACCUCCUGGAGCACAUCACGCCGGGCCUGGCACUGGGGGCCAUGGCGGGGCCGGACGGCUCGGUGGUGUCCACGCCGGGACACCCGGCGCACAUGGCGGGCAUGAACCACAUGCACCAGGCGCUGAGCAUGGCGCACGCGCACGGGCUGCCGCCGCACAUGGGCAUGAGCGACGUGGACGCGGACCCGCGCGACUUGGAGGCCUUCGCCGAGCGCUUCAAGCAGCGGCGCAUCAAGCUGGGCGUGACGCAGGCGGACGUGGGCUCGGCGCUGGCCUCGCUCAAGAUCCCCGGCGUGGGCUCGCUGAGCCAGAGCACCAUCUGCAGGUUCGAGUCGCUGACGCUGUCCCACAACAACAUGAUCGCGCUCAAGCCCAUCCUGCAGGCGUGGCUGGAGGAGGCCGAGAAGUCGCACCGCGAGAAGCUCAGCAAGCCCGAGCUCUUCAACGGCGCCGAGAAAAAACGCAAGCGCACCUCCAUCGCCGCGCCGGAGAAGCGCUCGCUCGAGGCCUACUUCGCCAUCCAGCCGCGGCCCUCGUCGGAGAAGAUCGCCGCCAUCGCCGAGAAGCUGGACCUCAAGAAGAACGUGGUGCGCGUGUGGUUUUGCAACCAGCGGCAGAAACAGAAACGGAUGAAGUACUCGGCGUGCGUUUAA